GUCUUCGUCGCACCUCAGUCAUUUGCAAACAGCGGUCGCGGCAAGACAGUAUAGUUUCUCCCCAACCGAUCUCGUUCGUUCGUUCGUUCGUUGCUCGUGCUUUCGUGAAGUGAAGUUUUAAGUGCUCACUUUUAUUGUUCCGCUCGCGCUUCCUACUUCGAGAGUGUCAAGUGUUUGUUAUUGUUUUGACGAAGAAGUUUUGAAUUAAUUUCUCAUCACAACAGAAGAAAAAGUGUUGAGCGCAACGUUUUCAAGCGGAAUCAGCAGUCUGUUGCAUAGCGAAUCCAGAGGGUUGCGGUUGAUCAUCCGAUACACGUGUUUGUGCCUCGCGGGUGUUUUACCUAAAAUAGUCGUUUAGCGAUCAGCAGUAAGUUCCGGAUCACAAAUCGUCAAUCAGUGUCAGUGUCAAACCCCGAAGCGACGACGACGACGACUUGUGCCUAGUGCGUGCGCGUAAUCCAUCUAGAUCCGCAGAUCCAGUAAGUGAGUGCAAGGUAGUAAGUGAAUCACAUCAAGUAGUGUGCGCGCGGUGCAGUACUAGAAGAGCGCCACGCCGCGAUCAAGGUGAAAAAGAUCGAGUAACGACCACACCACUCCAUCAGGGAACAACCACUUUUUUUCGCUGACUGCUCUACCGCGCGCACAGACCCGAUAUGGCAACACAAGGCCCGACGACGACGGCGACGACGACAAUGGCCGGAGCCACCCCCGCCGCCGGUAUGACAUCAAGGCUUGCACAGAUGCAGAUGCGCUUCCAGCAACGCCAACAGCAAGAGCGGGACCAGCGCAAAGUGGAAAUGAUUUCCACCACGAAAACCACGGCCGCCGUCGCCACCAACGCCGCCACACAUCACCUGAAUGGCGGAAGCAGUACCGUCGGCAGCAGUAGCACCAUCCGUUCCUCGACCAUCAGUGCCUACUCCAGCACAACGACCAGCACCGGCACCGGUGGUGCUGGUGGUGGUGACUUGUCGGCGUCCCUCGGAGCUGGCAAGGUGCGACAAAUGUUCGACGAACGCCGCCACCGGGUGGCCGGAAUCGACAAAAGCUACCCCCUGCAACCGAUUCAGCAGCAGCAGCAACAGCAACUACAACAAACCGGGAAGACCGGCGGCAGUAAUGGCGUUUCCAAUGGUAACUCGGCGAAGGCAGCCACUACUGCUGGCUUGAAUAACAAAACACGUGUGCCGCCCAUUUCGGCCAACACGAAAGCGCGCCUCGCGAUGCAGCAACAACGACAACAACAGCAGCAGCAGCAGGAGAAUGGAAACCACGCGGAGACCUUCAAAGUCGCCUCCUUCGAUGACAACGAGAACCUGCUGGAUGACGAGAAAUUUCCAGAUACCAUCUCCUUCGACGACGAUCUCACACUGACCCCGACGCCCAUCGUUCGGAAACUCCCGAACGUUGGCAAACUGAACGGCCAGCAGCAGAACGUCAACAGCGUCAAGCUGAAACCCGUUCCGGGUCGAACUCCCUCUACGCCGGCUCCAUCUACCGUCAAAACCUCCAGCAGUGCAACCAAACCCGUGCCCAAGAGGGCACCUCCCGUACUGAGCUCCUCCUCAGCUCCGGCAGCACCUGUCCCAGCUCCAACACAAUCAUCGAGCAGCCCCUCGUCCGCCAAGUCAUCGGCGUCCCGCGCCUCAACCGGCAAAUCAACGGCCAUGGCCACCCGGAAGCCAUCGGCCGCUUCAUCCGUUGCUUCAGCGGCGUCCCACCGUUCCUUCCAGGAUGAACCCGUUCCGGACGGUUUAACGCGGUGCACCAUCUGCGGUCGUAACUUCGCCGAAGACCGGAUCGAGAAGCAUCGGGAGAUUUGUCAGAAGACGAAAAACAAGAAACGCAAGGUCUACGACACGACCAAACACCGAGUGCUGGGAACCGACGCCGAAAAGUACGUGCUCCAGAAGAAGAAAGUGGGCGUCGCGGCCAGUAAGAAGUCCAUUUCCGGCCCAUCGGCCACGGCGGCAGCGGCCAAGGCAGGAGCUGACAGCAAGCGCAAGAGCGACUGGCGCCGGAAGCACGAAGAGUUCAUCCAGGCCAUCCGGGCGGCCAAAGAGAUGCAGGCCCAUCUCGCCAAGGGUGGCAAGCUGUCGGAUUUGCCCCCGCCGCCACCAUCGGAGAAUCCAGACUACGUGCAGUGUCCGCACUGUUCGCGCCGCUUCAAUCAGACCGCUGCCGAACGACACAUUCCGAAGUGCGCCACCAUGCUGCACAACAAACCGAAACCGACCGCGAAAGCGAAGAGAUUUUAAAGCGUAGCCAGCGUAGCAGCGCAGCACUAACCAAACGGCAAGACCGAAAGCCACUAUCCUCCUCAUAAUAUUGUGUAAACCUAACAACAAGCAUUACAUUUAUUUUUUAACCUUUUUCCCCUAUGUGACGAAAUUGCAUGUAUAUAUUUUAUAAUCCUUUCAUUUAAAAGCAAAAAAUACGAAAAGGCAAGUGUUACAUUAAUCAGCAUAUUAUUUUUAACAGAAAUCUGAUCCACUGCGAACGAGCCCGAACAGCGACUGGCUGACUGAAAUAAUAAAGCUAUAUACUGAAAAAAAACGCAA